AUGGCCUACGACGUGGACCAUUCGACCUCCGGUACAAUCUUCGAGUACAAUGUAUCUCACGAUAAUGAAGGCGGCUUCUUUCUCAUCUGCCCAUACGAUAAGCCAACCCAGAACUUCACUAUUCGCUACAAUCUUUCUGUCAAUGAUCGCACAAGGAUUGUUGAAAUUUGCGAUGGCCAGCUUGUCAACGGCAAAAUAUACAAAAACACUAUUUUCAUUGGAGACGGCAUAUCUCCUUUCAUUGUCACUGAGGAUACAGAUGCCAGCCUAGAUGUUCUUUUAACGGACAAUAUCAUAUACAAGACAGGCUCUGGACAUGGGCAAUGGCAGUUGAACGACACUGUAUUCUCCGUCAAUCACAAUCUUUUCUUCGGUCCAAUUGAUGCGUAUGAUGAAGCGACUUUCAACACGACCUCGGCCCCAGGUCUAGCUGCUGCGGGAUUGCGCGACCCCAAAGCAUACCUGCUUCUUAGUGGCUCUGCAGCUUUUGAUUCUGCAGUGGCGGUUGCCGGAGAUGCCCACAAGGAUUUCUUUUCGGAUCCUACGGCAGCGUAUAAAAACCUCGGAUUUUACGCAGGACCUGCUACCGAGAGGCCAAUCUGGGUGGAUGACUUUAACCAAAACAGCAGCUUGGCGCCUGGAUGGUCGUCAUCGGGACAGGUAGCCAUUAUCGCAGAUCCAGCUGGGGAUCUGGGUCAAUCGGUCCAGAUGAGCCCCACAUCGACAUUCUCUCAUGCUCUCGACGUGAAGAGUUCCUUCCGACUCAACGCGAGGAUCUGGGUUGCCUCAUCUAACAUCCAUGACGGGGUCUCUCCGUCAAUUUGUCUUCAGGGAGUGUCUUCGGCAAUUGUCUUAUCGAAUUUUCCGGGGUUGCUUCCUGGGCAAUGGCAAAUAAUUGAAGUCUAUGUAUCAAAGGAAGGAGCCCGACUGGAUGCCACGGUAUCACUCGAUGGAGAACCUUUCCCUAUUUCCUCGAGAAAGAACAAAUUGUCUUGUGCAGGAGUCAAUUUCAACUCCGGAGGAACUACGCUCUAUGUCGACGAUGUGUUACUUACUCCUCUGUGA